AUGGAUAAUGAGGAUUUAACACCUGAAGAUUUUAUCUCGGAACGAAAGGAAGUAUUACCUAUCAUAAGACCCAAUUUAAAGUUGGAUAUGCCUUCCACAACACGAAGUAUCGAUAAACCUACUAAGAAACUCCGAACAUAUAACGAAGCAAUCACCCACGCAUGCCAGCAAAAAGGUACAGAAAAUAGCAACAACAAAACAAUGUUCAUUGUAGAUACUUUGUCACUAAAACCUUUUACAAUAUUGGACAAUCAUGGAAAUGAGGAAAAUGCACUCGCUCAUGAUACUAUUGUAAAUAAUCUUGUAGCAAAAUAUGAUUCUAUCAAAUCUAUUCCAAUCAUGAAAAGACCAUAUGAAGAUGACAGUGCUACUAAUUCAUUAUGUAUAAACUGUGCAUCACAAGUUCAUGCUGAACUCAGCAGCUUGUUUGAUACCUCGCCUUAUUCCUCAUUAUUGAAACAAUGGGAGUAUACUCCUUUAACAGGUGACUUAUGCACAUUACUGAACAAAGACUGGCAAUUUUACCCUCAAGUCAAAUAUUUUCUGCAACUGUUUUCGCUGGCAAUCAUGAUAAAUACGGUUGAAAUGUAUGGCAGGACGAAAACCGCUGACUAUCAUCGUGAAUCAUUUGGAAAGUUAAAAAACAGCGUCAUAACAAACUCGUUGCCCCCACCAAUAAAAGUAUUCCACCAAAAUGUAUGGCCUACUUCAUUAGAUGUACGGGAUGGAAAGAAGCUUGUAAUUGGAACUCAAGUUUCAAACGCAUUAGUAACUUCCAGUAUUCGUUUAGAUGAAAAAGGUUUUGUAUCGAUUGGUGCCACUUCAUCUCAUUUCAUGCUCGAUACAAUCAAGGACUCCUUGGCAUCUAAGAUUUUUAUUGAUAUUAACUCAUUAAAAUCUGCAAAGACAUUGAUUGAAGAUCCAUCAACUACACACGUUUCGGAUAUUGGUAUUAUAUUUCACCAAUUGCGGCAAGUACGAACAAAGUUUCAUCUACCGUCGACAUACUCUUUAUGCCGUGCUUCUGGUCCAAUCACCAUAAAUCAUACUUGCCAUCCAUUCUCACUCUUCACUUUAAGUGAAUUUGACCGUGGUCGCAGUCCAUCUGCAUCUAUAUUUCGUACAAUUGCUAAUGAGGUUUUAUUAAAUAAUAGCGACGCCAAACUCGCCAAAGAAAAUGUUAGCAAAAGAAAAGCAAUCCUCUCCAACAUCCUUGCUUUGUAUGAAAAUGAUAAGGACAGGCUUCCAAUUUUAUAUAAUGCUCCACUCAACAAAGAACUAGAAGCACUUGCUAUCUUAUUAAUACCCACCAUUGUAGAGGCAAACAAAUCCGUUGAAGCCCAAGUGAAACAGGUCUUUGAAGUCUUCGGUUGCUUGUAA